GCCGGGCCGGGAGCCGCCUGUUGAUCGCAGCUCUAGCCCGGGGCCACGGCACCGCCCCUGUUGGUCGGACCUGAGCGCUCAGCGCUCCACGGCUGCUGGCCAGGACCUUCAGCUUCGGGAUGGGCACAAGCAAGGUGUGAAGCCUCAGGAAGCUGGCCCACUUCAAGGUGCGUGAGAAAGGUCUAUCUCUGAAGCCAUGGCACUCCCCUUCCAGAAGGAGCUGGAGAAAUAUAAGAACGUCGACGAGGAUGAGCUACUUGGCAAACUGUCAGAGGAGGAGCUGAAACAGUUGGAAAACGUUCUAGAUGACCUAGAUCCCGAGAGCGCAAUGCUACCAGCUGGGUUCCGACAGAAAGACCAGACCCAGAAAUCAGCCACCGGCCCAUUUGACCGCGAGCACCUCCUCAUGUACCUGGAGAAGGAGGCUUUGGAACAGAAAGACAGAGAGGACUUCGUGCCCUUCACAGGAGAGAAGAAAGGGAGAGUGUUUAUCCCCAAGGAGAAGCCUAUAGAAACUCGUAAAGAAGAGAAAGUGACCCUGGACCCAGAACUGGAAGAAGCCUUGGCCAGCGCCUCUGACACUGAACUCUACGACCUUGCAGCUGUCCUUGGAGUCCACAAUUUGCUCAACAAUCCAAAGUUUGAUGAAGAGACGACCAAUGGCAAAGGUCGCAAGGGGCCUGUAAGGAAUGUCGUCAAAGGUGAAAAGGCCAAGCCAGUGUUUGAGGAGCCACCGAACCCCACAAAUGUGGAAGCAAGUCUGCAGCAGAUGAAGGCCAAUGACCCCAGCCUUCAGGAGGUCAAUCUCAACAAUAUCAAGAACAUUCCAAUUCCAACCCUGAAGGAAUUUGCGAAGGCCCUGGAGACCAACACCCAUGUGAAGAAGUUCAGCCUGGCUGCAACCCGGAGCAAUGACCCUGUGGCCCUUGCCUUUGCAGAUAUGCUGAAAGUCAACAAGACCUUGAAAAGUCUAAAUGUAGAGUCUAAUUUUAUCACUGGAACUGGAAUCCUGGCCCUGGUGGAAGCGCUUCGGGAGAAUGACACCUUGACAGAGAUCAAGAUUGACAACCAGAGGCAGCAGCUGGGAACAGCAGUGGAGAUGGAGAUCGCUCAGAUGCUGGAAGAGAACUCAAGGAUCCUCAAGUUUGGAUACCAGUUUACCAAGCAAGGGCCACGGACAAGAGUAGCAGCUGCCAUCACAAAAAAUAACGACCUGGUUCGCAAGAAGAGAGUUGAAGGAGACAGGAGGUAAACCUCUGUAGAAGAGCUGAAGCCUCGCCGUGCAGCCAUCUGGAAAACAGGCACAAAUCCACCCUCCUCUCCACGGGACCAUUUUAUCUAAGGCCACUUAUUUCCGUUAACCAUAUACAUUAUAAUUUUAAACAGUA